CCACCUCAACCUUGCUCGAGAUCGUCCUCGUCGUCGUAGACAACACCAGCCACCCUCGCCGCCAAAUCAUUGAGUGAAUAACGUUACCCUGCGAUUUCGUACUAUUCGCAAGCAUUCGUAUAUAGCACCGCUUCCCGUCAAGGCAUCCUUCGGCAUAUUUGCAAACACCAUUCAGCCUCACCCCACCUCCUCUGACGCCUUGCUGCAGGCAAAAAGAAAACGGAAAUAUGGGGCGCGAUGGUUUCCAUCCAUUCAAGGGGAGAGUCAGCAGACACUUUGGAGAUUCUCUGGCUCCCGAUGAUGCAUAUCUCAGUUACUACGAUAUACGGUUGAUGAAGGAGGAUGUCGAUACUCUGAAAAAUGACUGGCUGACUGAUAAUACAAUCGCAUUCUGGGAAGAAUAUCUCGAGCGCGAAGAACUCAAGAAAUACCCAUCCUCACAUAUCGUCCUUCUCCGACCCUCUAUGGCAUUCAUGCUCAUGCAAACACCUAAUCCCUUAUCACUGAAAGAAGCGCUCCCGGAUUUCUCGAGAACAACCCACAUCUUCCUCCCAAUCAAUGACGCGCGCAACGUCUCCGUCGCAGAAGGCGGCUCGCAUUGGUCUCUUCUUCUCGUUUCCGUAAUUGAUGGUGUGGCAUUUCACUACGAUUCCUUGACACCAAGUAAUUACAAUGAGGCAUUCCUUGCGACGGAUAAGUUGGGACAAUUAUUGGGCCGACCGCUACGAUUCAUGAAUCUGGAUGAUAGCCCACAGCAGGAGAACAGCAGUGAUUGCGGUGUCUAUGUCUGCAUACAAAUGCGACAUCUACUCCUAAAACGUCUGCUGUCUGCGAACGCAAAGGAGAAGGUCAGCAUGAGCAUGGGCGGGAAGCUGGUCGAUGCAAACGGAGGGCGGAAGGAAAUGCUGAAGACAAUUGAGGGAUUUAGGAAAGAGGGCGAGCGGCGGAGAUCACAUGAAGAAUCUCGGUCCUCAUCACCGUUCAUGAAAGGCAAGACGGAUUCGCGAAGCCCGCCACGAAUCGACUCAUAACCAUACGGGAACCGAACAUUGUUACCCCAUUACAAUAUGGAUUUUUGGAUACAGUACAGAUAUGAAAAUAAGAACUAUGAACACGAGAACAGCGAGGGCGCAAGGCGGAGUACUGUUUCUUUUUGUCUUUAUGUGGAGAAGAUCCUCUGAUAAGGGUUGGAUUGUAUUCGCACUUGUCGUCUUGAAUACCGAAUCCUGCUCAUGUGUGUAACAAGACGUUGGGGUUUUUGGAGCUUGGGAAGGAGCUUUCACGCUUCGGUUGGAUCUACAGGAUGAUUGCAAAAAUUCGGGGGCGGUGGAAGGAUCUGGGGGACUUCAUAUAGUACUCAUUGAAUCGAAGAACGUCAGCUCG